CUCAUUUAUCAACCAAAAGUAUUCAUGCAUUUAUCAAUUAUACAUUUAUCAUUUAGACAUUACAUAGGAUUUGGACAGAGGUUUAUUUUUGGAAAAAAUUUAGUCCUGUAAUUUACGUAAAUAUACGGCAUAAAAAGUUACCCGGGACAUGGAAAAAGUGGUGUCGGCACACCCACUUCUUCUCUACACGGUGCUCAGAAGAAUUUUGUCUCAUCUCACAUUUAAAGACAUUCUGUCUAUGCGACAAGUUUGCUCAGAAUGGAUGAUUGAAGCGGAUCAUAAACUAAAGGACAAAGUUUCAGUUAAAAUCUUUUGUCUGGAUCAGUUGAAACGAUUUGUAAAUGAAAUAUCUGAAGAUGGUAUAUACAUUGUAUCGCAUUAUCACAUUGAAGGCUUAAAUUUGAACCGAAUAGAAGCUUCCAACUUUUUAAAUAAGUUUGGACCCACAAUCACAAGUCUGAGCAUAAACUUUUGCGAUUGGAAAAGUACAACAUUCCGGAUUUCUUUGUUCAAGAAACUUCCAAACUUGACGAGCCUGGAGGUCUCGUCCAAAAAGAAUUGUGGUCAAUUGUUGGAAUGCUUGAUGCCAAUGAAUUGCUUACCCUAUGGCUCAUUUGUCCAUUUGAAUAAUAUGAGGGAGCUAAGAAUACAAGGGGAUUUCUCAAACAGAACAGACUUAUUUUAUGAUAUACUCAAAUCGUCACCAAACUUGAGAAUAAUCCAUUUGUCAAAAUAUCACCAGGAUAACGACGACCUUUUUGGGACGUGGUUUGUUGAGAUUAUACUUUCCUGUCAAUUUUCUCAUCUCUCCAGUCUUGAAGUAGAAUGCACCUUAAUUCAACAGCAGGUUGACUUACUCUCAGAAAAGGCAUACCCAUUAAGGCGUCUUUCUAUUGAUUUGGAAAUGGAUGCGGUUGACAACAAGUCCAUUGACAAAAUUCUGGGACACUUUCCCUUACUCGAAAGUGUAGAAAUAGGUGUUGACAAUGUCCCACCUUCCACUUUUCGGAAUUGGAAACAUAUUCAUAGCUGUAGUACUAUUCAGAAUGGAAAUCGCGUCAAAGUAAUGUUUCCAAAACAUGCAAGCAAUAAUAACAAUGUCCUUGAACCAUAAAUAUUUUAUUUUUUGUAUGCAUACGUCACAUGAAUGCGUAUUUAGUUAUAUUACGAGAUUAAACAAAUAUGCAAAUAAAAACGCUUGGAUAAAUUUAAUAA